CUAUUUUCCGAGGAGCGGAGACGUUAAAUAAUUUACUAAAUUUCAUGUCUCAAAGGGUGUUUCAAUAACUAGCCAAUCGUAGAGAGGGAGAGGGCUCAGGGAUCCCUCUUCCUAUUGGAUGAUGCGUACGUCACUCACGGACGGCUCAUGGUAGGUUGCCGAGCAGGUGAAGUGUUGACUGUGGUUCAUAGGGCAACAAACAGCAGCGUACGCCGCCGGGGGACAUCAAUGGUGGAGUACGCGUCCAUUCAGGGAAAGGUCUGAGAGAGACCGUUACUGGGGCUUACAUGGAGAGCUGAAACUGAACAUGAGGCUAACAUCCUUAAUGAUGUACAUAUCUCCGGUUCUGACAGUUAUUUUGUAUGUAUAUAUUGGAUUUUCUGAAGCUGCACCUCGCAUCAUCCCUUACGAUGCGUCGCCUAUCUCCAGGAAGCCCGGCUCAGCCUCCGACACCUGGGAGACCUUCCACACCGACAUGCCUCCUUCUUCACCCGAGAGCAGGUUCUCUCUCGGGCCUUUAGCUGGACUCACACCGGCGCCUGCUAUUGUUUCUGCCGGCCCGUCCACCUCCACUACCACUAGCCCUAUUUCUAAAACUGCAACCACCUUUCAGCCUCCGACAACGGACCCGACCACCAUUAGAACCGGUGAAACCACUACCACUAAUCCGGAUACUGGAUUAAUUUCAAGCAGUAAAAAUCAAAUAACUGCGCCGAUUUCAAGAUCGACGAGCAAAAGAUCCACCGAUGCUCAGACAUCACUGUUUACUCCUGAGAAAACGCUGCAGACCAUGGUGUCCAUGGUCUCCCAGCGCACAGCAAACGAUGCCUGGGCUGCAGAUCAUAUUGGUACAUCUGUUACCUCAAUAGAGAAUAGCCAAGGUGAGUGUUUUCCACUUGAAUACCUAAAAACAAAAUCAUUUGAUAUUGGCACGCUUUGGGAAAUUGUGAUGUUAAACCGUAUAAAACAUAAUCUAUUGAAAAUUCAAAGGAGAAACUGUUGAAUCGAUUAUUUUUUUAGACACAUCCAUGAAGAAAAAGCAUCCAUGUCUGAAAGAAGGAGCAGGGUAGUCUCACGGUUUUGACGCAGAGAGCGAGCGAAUAAACCAGAUUGCAACAAUGGGCAGACCCCUCAAAUUGCAUGGUGUACCCCUGCGUACAUCGGGAGAUCACAAAUCCUAAUCUGAUUUAGAGAAUAAAAACAAUUCUUUCACAACACAUGAAUAAUGAUAUGUUCCUAAAUUGUAUUCUGCAGCCUCUUUUUAUAAAAGGAUGCCACUCUUACAGUUGGCUGGAAAAAAAGGGGGGGCUGUGAGGGGGUGUGAGGUUGAUCCUCUUGUUGUUCAGUCAAUUUAUCCAAUCCAUCAGUGCACACAGCAGCCUUACAGACCACUGAUCCCUUUGUGUUAGAGCGGGCAUGUUAGAUACUGACAUGAAAAUUACAAGAAGCUGCUAAAAUAGCUGUUUCAUCCCCUCCAUUGUUGUUUUGCAUGGCAUCCACAGAACCAAAAUGGCCAGGCAGGCUGGCAGGCCAAGCAAGCAAGCCAUGAAUGAGCAAUGACGGUGGAGCCCCUCCUCACACACCUCACCCACAUUUGCGCACACACAUACACACCAGUAUCCAUGUGGAUGUGUUGUUCUCCAACCUAGCACAGCAGCACAGGCUGAGGGAUGUUAUACAGAGUGUGUGUGUAAUGGUUGGGGAAGCUUAAGGUGUGGGCAGGGACAUAAAAGGGGGUUCCUCCUUGUUUUGAGGACAUUGAGCCCUUUCAUUCUCUUUUAACUAUGUAGGCUGAAAAUGAACGUUUUUAUGAUACCUCACAGAGAUUUCAAUUUUAUCUUACAUUUUUGUUCACCAAAACCUACCAAUUUUAAUUUUAGCAGGUAUUUUCUUUUUCCUUUUUCUUCUGUUGUUGUUGCUCUUUGAUGCCCUUGAGCUAGAACAUAAAUCAAGACUAUUUCAUUUCAUAUUCUGAUUGAUAUUGGCUCUUCACACCAGGGGAUCGGGAAUGUUUUUUUUACAUUGACCCUUUGUUCUCUGUGCUGUGUGGACUUCCUUACAGUCAGCAUCACCCUCAGUGAAAGCAGAGGGAUUAGAAAGAUGAUUAAACCGGCUCUUUUCAAUGUGCCCACUUCACAAUAAAUAGCUUUUAAUUUUGAGAGGCUUUGGAAGGACCAGGGCUCUGGUUGUAUCCAUGAACUGAUUUCUCUUCAAGGAUUUUGAAGGUUAGGGGUGAUAAAUCUGAGAUGUCUAACCAGCGAUGUUCACUUCUUGUCAUCUUGAAUCCUUGGUGCUGACACCUAAACUUGUCUCUUGAGAUUUAUGCGUUAAUUUACAAACUCAGACAAGGUUCAUGAAUCAGUAAUUCAUCAGAGCAGAACUUACAACAUUAUGGAGUUUCUGGCUUUUAAUUUUCCUUCAAGAAAACCAAGCAUGAUUGUUUCCAGCUUUGAUGUCGUAAAGAUUUUCAGCUCCUCUUUGUCACAUGCGUCAGAUUAAGGCGGCGUUUUUAGACUGUGGACUCAAGAAAUAUAAAGACGCUGUUAAUAAAACUGGAAUUUCCCUCAUCAUAUAAUAACCAAAAGACUGAACAAGACACUGGGUCAGAGAUCUUUAACCUACACACCUACACAAGGAUGCUGAAAAUACAUUCUGUGUUGCACUUCCUUCAUUGAUUAUCAUAGAUUAUUUUCAGUAUUAUCUGGUUUAGGCUGCGUGUAAAAAAUCAAAUUUCAAAUUUUUAUUCCUCAAUGCUGACAUAACUCCAGGUUUCUUUCUGUAACUGCAUGAAAAGAUUAAAAGUCAUAACUCAAAUACAUAAUUUAACACAUUAACCCGAUCUUGGAUACAGAGGAAUUGAGCUAAAAUGGCGUCGUAUUUACAGUUUUGGUUGAUUCCAUUUUGAAUCAUCGAGGAUAUUUGGUCCCAAGAGUCAAAUAAAACCAAACCUGUGUCCUUGUGUAAGGUCGUACUCGAAAGCCCCGGCAUUCCUUUCUAAAAGUUCACGUAAGAACCUCAGCGCUCGUCAUUGUUGUAGCCUAAAGGCCCCUGACAAGAUAAUAUCAUCUCAACAACAAAGGGCGUCACCUGGGUUAACGUCUCACGUCAGUUCCUGAUGCGCAUUCUCUGGCGGGGCAGGAAUCCUACAGACAGACAGACAGGAGGUGUGUUUUCACAUGCUGUGGGCAUCCUUUUCGUCAGGACUAUUUGAAAACUGAUACAGGGGUUUGACGCUCAGACAGAAAUUAAAAGUGCAGCAGUUGUUUUUGUGCAGUGGCCGGGGACUCACACUGCUGUUGUUUUCUCCCCAGAAGCACAGACAGGUGAAUUAGGCAUGAGAAGAGUUUUGAGACGAGAGUUGUCCUGAACAGCCUGCCGCUGCCUGCGUCUGAAUACCAGCCAUGCUGUCACACCACUUUACAGCAGUCAGAGAGAUACAGAAGAGGUGAACUCUUUCUGGCCUUUUCUCUCCGCUACACACAGGUCCAGUCCAAUCUACAUCAAACCUGUUGUGGGACCGUACAGUCCCCCACCGCAGCCCCUGUCCCGCACACCUAGCAGACGCCUGCUUUUAACAAUGAAUCACAGAGUGUGUGAAAUAAAAAGCGGUCCAUGGAUCUCACGCAUUCGCAAGCGUGAUAGGGGCCGACACUUCUUCUUCAGUGGUCUUUACAGUAGCAAAGGGCCUGACAGUACGCUCCACAGGCUUGCAUAACCACAGGACUUUCUUAGUUACAUAAAAAUCCAAGCAACAGUGGAAGAGGAGCAUAAUCUGAGCGGGACGCCAUGGCGUUAAAAUUCAGCUGUCUUUUCCUCUUUAUCUUGAUGCUAGCUGAGGCAUUGAACUUCACCUGUGUGCAUACCAUGUAUUUAAAACAUUGAUAUUUCAAUCUCACAUCUUUUUAUCUCGUCUUUUGUCUUUGUUCGCCUGCUGAGCAUCAAAUAGAGACAUACUUGAGUCAGGCAUUCAGUCGUCUCUUGCCACACCUAACCUGAGAUCAGAUGAAUAAUAGAUCACCACGCUGUACUCUACAGGGUCAUCCACAUGUGGGUCAUUACAUCCUCUGUGUGCACUAGUUUGAACUGAAUGAACGCCUUAAUGCAGAUUCCAGUUCAUCAGGGUCACCUCCUCUAAUGUAAACUCGCCUCAUGAGGUUAAUUCAUUGCUUGCAAAACAACGCGGUAGUAUAAAAUAUGUAGGAUUCUCAUUCUGGUCUUUUUGAAAGCACAUAUCGUACUAACUGGAUACUUGGACCACUGCCUUCUCAUUAAAAAUUGGAAACAGCUCAGAUCCUCUUAUUAAUCCUAUUUCAAUUUCAGUUAUAAUUUUUGGCUUCCACAAAAUUAGAAUAAUCAAGAUUAAACAAUUAAUUUGCCCCCUGCUGUGUUGCACUUGUUUCGUUCCCAAACAGGGCCGCUUCAACUCGCACUGACAGUGAGGAGGAGAGGGAGCCAUGUCUAGGGCUGGACUCGCAAUCUGAUGUUCAGAGUAUUGUCCUGGUGGUCUAAUGCAUCUAGGGGCCUCUAGGCUAUGAACGUUUUUAUAUGUGAAAAAAAAACUCAAAAUGCAACCAGCCCAUUUGGAGGAAGCAGCAACCCAUUUGUGCCGUUUUUUUAUUGACACAGGACAGGCCAAAUUAUGUCUCUAAAAGGGGCUGCUCCAUCUCUUCCCCUCUGUCUUCCUCUCCUCUAAGCGUAUGAUAGUUUCUGGCUGAAGGAGAACGCCAUCAAGAGCUCAUAUUGAUGCGAGGGUGAAGAAGUGGUGGGGGCUGAAAAAAUGUGUGAAAUGGGGAUUGCUGUUUCUCCAACGUGAUGUGCUACAGCAGUACAAACAACUGUGCAGCUACAGAUGGAGAAAGGAGGGCUGUGUAGCAACUCCAGGCAGAGAAGGAAAGCAGGUGUGUGUUAGUAAAGCAGAGGGAUAGAGUGAGCAUGAGGUCUGAGGCGCUAUAAUGAUAAUGAACACCAACAUGCUAAUAAUGGCUAGGAUAAACACUAAGUGACACCAAUCUGCUUCCUAUUAAAGUAUGGGUUCAAAAAGAUGUGUUUGGAAAGUUUAAACACUAAAAAAUGGAUUUGAUACAGAUGUUGUUUGAUCAUUGAGUGGUUGUUUUUUUUUAGUAUUUUUGCUUUAAUUGAGUCACCCCAAUCAGAUUGACCCAUGUUGACUCCAGUAAAGUCUUAUUUCUACAUUUAAACCAAUAUACAGUAGGUUAACAUCAUGACAGACUGAAACCUUACAAGCAAAGUCUCAAUCGAAAUUUUCUGCUUUUUUGUUCAACCUUUAAUCAAGAGUCUCUUCCUCUCACAAAAAUAUACAAUAGUUAUUAAGAGGUAAAACCAUUAGCCAAAGCAGAAUCACUCCUGAAAAUAAGUAUAACUGUGAGAUUUCUCAUUGGAGAAAUCAGAGCAAUGAUCCCAUCGCAUAGUUUUACUGUCCAUUAUUGUUUAUAUUCCUGGUUUUGUCACAGUAGAUCACCAUCGAAUGGAAUUUUCCUUCUGUAUCGAAAAAGUCCCCCCAUGGCUUUAUCAUAAAAAGGAAAAAUGUAGUACAUCCUUCUAGGGCUGGGUGAUAAACCGAACAUUUACAGAUACCGAAAUUUACGACAUAACCAACGUCAUUUUGCCCAUGUCAAUAUAUUCAGUGUCAAAAAAAUGUGUGUAGUAGGCUAUGGUCUCAUGUCCCAUUUUAAGAUGUUGUCCUACGUUUGAGACGUGACUCCACCCGUAACAAAAAGGGAAAGACAGGUGAAGAGAUGGAGGACGGUUAAAAAGUUGUAGCGGCUGGAGCGGCGGCUGAAGUAGACGAAGUUAAACUGGGAUGGGGUGAGCAGCUUGUGGAGUAGUUAUCGUCCAUUUAUCGUUAAUGAGGUGAAAUGCUCAAUAUAUCAUAAUAUUGAUUUGAUGCGAUAUCACCCACCCCUACAUCCUGCACUGAGCAUUUUCAGCCAUCCUGAAAUAAGACUCUGUGCUCAUAUUGUUAAAGUAGCUUUAUUCAGAUGUCUGCAGACAGUGCGGCACUGCAAGUUAACUUUGAUUUACCAUCAAUUCAUCAAGCUCUUUAAUGGAAUAAGUAAAAUAUUUGUGCUUUCACAGUUGCUUUGAAAAAUGUCACUGAAAGACUUCUUAAAAAUCUCUUCCUUCAUAGGUCAAAUAAUUUAGAUAAGCAAGUAAAGUUAGGUGUAAAAAGGGCUAUGUUGAUCCUGACUCAUUAAGUUUUUUUUUCUCCCGUUGUUUCUCACCUUGUUGCCCAUCCAUGGAUCCAGAGGGUCUCUGUAACUGCAGCAGUAACAGUGAGGGGAUCUCUGAUUCGGAAGAGUGCGACCAGAGCACCGGUCAGUGUUCGUGUUUUCCUGGCUACACGGGGCUACAGUGUGAGGACUGCGAGGAGGGAUACUUCACAAACGGCACCAGCGGCUGCCUGCCCUGCGCCUGCGACUCCUACGGUGCAGUGAACCCUCUCUGUGACAGGUAAGGCUGCUCUUUCCUCCUCCUUCUGUUGGGUUUGCACCUGAAGUGACACACCCUGUAGUAUCUGUGAUAGAGGUGGUUUUUGUUUUCAUAGACUAGAUUGAAAAAGCUUGCAGCUGCUGGCUGGCAGAGACGUGUAAUUUGUUCAUUCAGUUCUCUUUGUAUUUGGAUGAUAUUGACAUGUUUGAAACCUUAACUAUUGUUGGCAAGAACCAAUGAAAACAUACUGACAGGUGGAUUAUCUCUAGCUGCUCUUUCCCUUCUUUGUGUGCCUGUCUUUACUGCGGGCACAGGAGGAUCCUCUUACAACCACAAACUUUGCAAUGAAACAUCAAGAAAGUUUAUCUCUGAGAUAACUUUACUAGCUUUAAAUGAUCCUAAUGCAACCCUUCAAUCUUAAUGUAGUCCACCUUAUGCUUUCUUAUUGUUUAUUAUGUGAUAUAUUCCUACACUCCCCAUCCUAGUAGCCACAUUCUGUUCGAGACACUGAGGCAGUUAUUCUUGCAACACUUCAUAAAGUGAGUCAUGUUAGAUGAUGGAGUUGUAAAUAACUCUAAAUCCACAGAGAACAAUCACUGCUUAAUCAUGCAGUUUCCAUCAGCUUUCUCAAAGGUUUAAGAGCCUCAUAAGCUCAUUAUUUUGUAGUACAGCCUGACACUGAACAGUUUGGUUCAAUCGCAGCCAUUAUGAAACUUUUUUUUUUUUAUCCAGUAGUGAAAGCUGUCUUAAUAUGAAAGCUCUGAUAAACCCACCAAACAAUACCUGCCAAUCAUUAUUAGCACUGUUAAACACAGCAGAGCGUUUGGCAUCCAUGGAGCCAGAUGUUUUUCACAGGGGAUGUAGGAGACCAAAACAGAGCUGGAGAACGACUGAAUCUCCUCUUACGAUGGUCUGGAGCUCAAAAUCAAAUCAGGCAACUGUUAAUAAAGAUUUUUUUGAAAGCAGUGUAACCUUUUGAUGUCAUUACCAGCUGAUUCCGUAUUUCUAUUAGUUUAUUAGCAUUUAAAUCAUCUUUUAAAAACACUGAAAGGAAGUUUGAUAUAAAGCCUUCUUUCGCUUGAAAUAGAGCAAAGGCAACAAAUCAAAUACUGAAACUAAAAAAAUUUGACUCUUUUACAACAACAACAAAAAUAUGCUCACAUUAAAAUUCAUGUCACCAAAACAUUUUUUUAAAAGUCCAUAUAUGGGCAUGUUCACCAUUUUGUUGCAUCACCUCUUCUUUUAACAUUAAUAUGCAAACUUAUGCAAACUGAAGAGACCAUUUGGAGUUUUGGAAAGUGAUCUCUUGUCCUGUUCUCUGAUGUAGAAUUCCAGCUGCCUAACAGUUCAGGGUCCUCUUUGUCUUAUUUUUGCCAUGAUGGGCCAAAUUUCUCUUUGACAAGUCAGGACUGCAAACAGGCUACACACUGUUGCAAAGUGGUUUUGCUACAUCUCGCUGAAAUAGGCAUGGUGUUCCCUGAAAAAAGACAGUACAUACAGCUCAACAACCUGCAUAUUGUUCACCACGAAUGGUGCCUUCUCAGAUGUUUGAGCUACCAAUUUCAUCAGCACUUUUGCACCCCCAUACCAUGAGGAAGUUGACUUUUAAAAAAAUGUAUUUUUCAAUUACUCUGCUGUAAUUCUCAAUAAGGGUAGAGUAAUGAUAAUUAAAUUCUGUUUUAAUCAACACUUUGCACAACCUUCUAACAUUUUUGGAAUCUAAGUUGUAAGUAUUGUGCUCAUACCUUGUCCAACUGGCCCUGAGUGACAAAAAAAAAACCACGGUUCAGUGCCCUGCUGUUGAAAACAAUGAGCGGAUGUGGCCUGACCUUUCUGACGUGAAAAGUUCCGUCCUAUCAGAUGAAAACGAGAUAUCCACGAUUGCCAGCAAUGAUAAUAGAGUGACAGUCUUCUGAGAAGCUAGAUAAUACUCUUGUGAAAUAUUUUCAGCUGCAAUCUGGCAAAAUGCACAUUUGUUGAGAAAUGAUUUCAAGUGGUUCUCUAGUAUUUGCUUUGUGCUGAAGUUUAGAUGGUGAUUUUGGCUUUGAUUGGUGUAUCAGUAACUCACUCAGAUGUUGGUCUUGACACAAGACACCAGGUGCGGUUGGUCUUGAUUUGCAUAAAAGGCACAUGACUGGACUUGUUUGCAUGCGAGUGCAGGAUUGGCCAGACACCAGCCUUAAAUGCCGUGCAACCACACAAGCACGGACUGCUCACUUUGCUGUGAGCAAAUAAAGCCAACACGUUGGCCGUCAAGUGAUAAAAGUUGACUAACCCACUCCAGCAUUCAAUGGAGCGUGGGAAAAACAAAGCAGCUAAUUUAGUUGCUGUGAGCUUAAGUCUCAAAUGUAAUUUGUCAGACUGUCAAGAUUAAUCAGGAGAAUAAGAUCAUUUGAGAAAUGUUUUCUCUCCACUGCAGUUUUUUUUUGUAUGAAAUGUUGACAUGUGCGUUUGCUUUUUUAGAGUGCCUUCUUGAGUUGCAAAAUUACAACUGCAGAGAUUGACUGCUAUGAAUUAGUGCGUGCUAUCUUAUAAACAUUGAGAUAAGCUGUUCUUGGGCUCAGAUGUUCUGGAUUAUGUUACUCUGUGACCCUGCAGAAUCAUUUUCUCUCAUCAUUAAGUCAGGCCAUUUUCCUGCAGACCUCCCUGAAGGCAGCGAAACGUUCAGAUCCUGCUUACCCAUCAAAUUCAGAGCCAGAGAACAAACAGCAGACCUUCCACGCAGCUUCUUCACAAGUCACAAGAGCUACGACUUGGAAAGGAGGCUGCGUGUGUGGGUUAGGAACGUGGUAAAAAUAGCGGCUGUACUUUCUGCCUCUAACCAUGAAAAGGAAUGCUGCUGCUUUUCAGCAGCGUGUGGAGGAUUGGUGUUGUCAUGCUCUGAAAAAUACGUCACCGUUCGAGUUUACAUAAGCCAAAUCCUAAAAGGUGAAGUCCUUUGUGUAAAAAAAUGUCUUUUUUAUGUUUUGAAGCUGAAAAUGUGUGUUUCAUGCUCAAUGGGAUGUAGGUGAGGGCACAUGCAGAAGGGUUAUUUCAGGGCUUUCAGCUUUCUCACAGCAACACACCUAAUACAGCCCUUCUCAGACAGUCUGAGCCUAGCCUGGUCGCUGCUAGCACUGCUAGUGUAGCCCACCCCCCCAGGGAGCUUAUCACUGUGAGUUAUACAGAUUAGCCAGCUUUCCUACCCCCUGGCCUGCUGCUUUAGGUUUCUUUCCCAUUAAGUAAUGAGCAAUCAAGCCUCAAUAGAGCCUGUUAGGGCUUUAGUUGUGUCCUCAACAGUGACAGUGAAAACAGAGCAAAUAAUGGAGUGAGUUUCAGACAUUCCUCAGAGCCUGUGAAAUUCAGCAGAGCAGGUGUAACCAUCAUCAUCCCGAUAGCAAGAUGCACACUAAGUAGACUGGGUCAUCUAAGGUGUUGAUGGCCUCGUGUUGGGUAUUAAAGGCAAUUCUGGAGCCUCAUAGUCCAACAUGUGAUCCACAAAGAAGUCUGUGGUUCAAGAUGAAAAGAUUACUGUUAGGGGUGGAAGAAUAAAACAAUUCACAAUUUUUAAAUCAAUGUUUUUUUUUUUUCAAAUUUAAGAAUAAAGGUCCUUACAUAGAAUAGAAGGUUGUGCGAUUAUUUCGGACGUCAAUAUUUUUUUACGAACCCGUAUCCUGUCAAUACAAGCGUUCACAUCAGCGACGUUUUCCCAUCCUGUGAUAUUGCAGCAUUUUUUUUUUUCGUAUCACAGUCAAAUUUUCUAAAGUUUUGCAAACUGUGUGUCCACUUCUGACCAAUCAGAUUGCGUGUUGUUGCGACAUCAGAUUCACCGGUAUAUCCAACAUGGCUGACCGGCUGAUUGUUUACGUGUCGGAGAACAGAGUGCUUUUUGAUAAAAGACACAAAGAUUACAAAGAUCAUAUGAUGAUGGUUUGUGUUCUUUAACAGUUUUCUAAACGUCUUUGUUUUAACUUUCAUCUGUGCUAAGUAACUUUAGCUCGUAAGCUAACCUGUUCAGAUACAACAUACCAUAUGUAUUUUCACUGUCUCAAACUCAAUCGUGUUGCUGUCACAGCGCCAUUAGGUCUCGGUUGUUACCUUACGUUUAUGGAUUAUAGUUUCAUGUGCUUAUCUGGUACUGGCCCCGACUCAGUACAUGCUAUCAUGACAGACAGCCAUCUCAACACUAGUGUCUAAUCAGAACUGAAAACAGUCAGUCUGCUGUUGUGUCAGUCUUCUUGCUUCCACCUGGGACGGGUCCUUCUUUCCCUCCAGAAAGUCGCAAAAUCGCAUCGCACUUGAUGUGUAUAGUCAGGCGCGUCAAAAUUCCCAGUGUGUAAGGACCUUCAAUCUUACAAACUGACUUACACGUGAUGUGUAAUUUUAAUGUACAUAUGGUUGCUGGAAUAGUCAGUAGACAAUCGUAGUCAUUCAACUGUUUUACUGGUGUUAAAAAUGCAGACUAAAAAUCAAGAAAAUCGACAAUAUCGUAGAAUCCAAAAAUCAUAGAUAAAUGUUUUAUUUAAAUAAAGGAAUUGAUUUCAAUAACAAUUAAAUGAAAAAUUACUCCAAUCCUUCACCUCUACUCUACUCUUUAUCCCACAUAAAGUUCCAAAAUAGAUCACUGAGCCUCACCUUUCUGUACAAGCGAGUAAAACAGAUAGAGGUAAAUGAUGUUCUUCUGCAGCCUAACCUAGUGACAGUGACGGUUGUAACAGAGUUAGCAUUGGUGUAGGUGGAGGAGUUUUCAAGUUGGGGCAAAAGUGUAAAAAUUUCCAGUGUUUAGAAGAAGCUAACCUAGAAAAAUACAAUAAAAUGACAAAUUAGAGAUAACAAAGUCCAGAAGCUUCUUAUCCUACAAGCAGAGAACAAGAUUAAGCAGAGUGAGACAGGGAUGGGAAAGAGCUCAGGCUUACUGCAGCAACGAGCUGCUGUAGUGUGGCUCAGCGUAAAAAAAAAACAUGGCUUAGUUCCUGUUAGAUCUAACAAGAUUUUCUUUGAUCAUUGCAGCUGAAAAUGUCAGAUUUUGUGUAUUGGUGUUUUUGGAGACAUGUUACUUAAAGCGAGCAUCCCUGAUGGCAUGUGGAACCAAGUAUAUGUCCUGUAACAUGGGUGGCUUACUCAUCUGAGUGGGCAGCAUAAAUGCUGGACAACAUGUACAAGAUUUGGAGCAGUAGACUGUAUGCUGCCAUCCAGAUAAUGAUGUUUCCAGGGAGGAGCUUGCAGAAGGCAGCAUGAAGAUGCCAAACGUGUUACAAAAGCAUGUAGAAGAGCCCACAUGCUUUAAAAUGGGAUCACUGUGGUACACUGGGUAGCAGCCUUGAACAGCCUCCAGAGUGGACUUUCACUGCAGUUUAUUAGAUAUUUUAGGCUCUCAUAGUCUCAGACUUUGUUUGUGUCUCUGUGAUUUCACACCAUCAGUCUCAUCUACAGCAGUUGUGAUGUGAGGAGCACUUCUAGUGGACCUCUAGUAGGAGUAGAUCAACUUCAAUGUUAUCUGACCUCCAUCAAAGCUGAUUUUAUCCCCGAACAAUCACACAUAAAUACAGUAUUUCUCAGUCUGUUCCUCGUGAUGGAGCAGCCCGACUGUUUCUCUGAGGCAGCAUUACAUAACCGCUGAACAAUAUAUAGCUCAAAGCCAGACAGAGCUCUCUUGUAAAAGGCUUAUUUUCUUUUGGUGAGAAAGCAGAGAUUUGGGUUUGAGCAUGGCUUUGGUGCAUGACGUGAUGCUGACUCUGCUUCAUACCCACUAAGCACCAUUAAUAAUCAUCCCUGAAAUUUUUGGACUCUGUUUUUAUACAGCUGUGUAUUUGUCUGGAUAACUGUCCGAAUAUAGAUGAGGUGACUUCACAGGGAGAUAUUUCCAGCAGCUAGGGUGGACUGUAAUAGAACGUUUAUUUUCAAACUUCACUGUAAAUGUCAGCAUCCUGCUUCACCUCCUGCAAAUCAAAGAGCAAACAGUCUGCUCAGACAUUCAGAAAUAUUCAAGAAGAAAAACCCUGUAGGAGUACUUAGAACAUCAAAGUAUGGUCACAAAACAUGUGUUUUUGAGUGGAAUGAGGGCCCUGUGAUUACAUAUAAUUCGGGUCUUAAUGACUGAUUGGUACAAAAAGUUUUAAAACUGCUUGAAUAGAUGACUUAAUCCUGCAUCAAUGGGACUGGUCGUAACGGUUGCAACAUAAUCUGCAAGAGCAAAUAAGCCAGAUCAAAGUUCGUCUCGUAAUGUCCUUGUUUUCGCCAUUGUUGGUUCAGAGUGUUUAUUCCAGCUGUUGAUGACAUAACAGAAAUAAUCUGAACAGAAAUAACCCAACUUUACCCCGGCCAAACUUUUAUUUAUUUAUUUAUCUUAAAAAAAAAGAGUUUUGAAUAUAACUGAAUGCCCCUUUGGGUCAUCCUGACGUCUAAAGAAACAAUUUAAGUACGGUCUAUUUUAUUUCUUAGUUUAAAGGCGCUGGAAGUUUACCAGCUUGAGUUUGAGUAAAAGGUUUGGCUGUUAAAUGGUUGGCUGCACAUUCCCCCUAUUUCAUGGGUACGUUAAAUAGGGAAACAGCCAUACAUCACUACAAGCAGCAGCUGGCUUAUUUCAGGGCUUUGGAUCAAUGAUUAACCCAUCCUUUACAGGAACUACUGAUAAUGACAUGUACUCUGCUCUCUGUCGAGACGUUUAAAGUUCACCUCUGGCUAUCAGUGUCCAGCAGGUGUUUGUGUACUUUGUGUGGCCCGUUGUAUUGUGGGAAUGCACUGUCAAUCUGGACCAGCAAAAAAAAUAUAUUGUCACCAAAAGAUAAACUUUGAUAUACAGCCUUGGUAAAUCCUAACUUGUCAUGUGUGUCAUCUUAUUUUAGCGCGGUAGUGUGCUGAGAUUUACUUAUUUGCCCGACAAAGAGAUUGCAGCUGAGUCUGCUCAGAUAUUUUUUGGUUUUAAGGUCAAUCACAAUCAAAAGAACUGUGAACAACUCGAACAUCGGCUUAAGGUGAUAUAUGUACAAUUGUGGUCAAUUUCGACAAAUAUUUGGUGGUUUCUUUUCCUGCAGUCUGUCUUAGCCAGUGUUUUCUUGAAACAUGACAUCAGGAUGUAAUGAUAUCAAAAUCUCUGGAUAUGGCAGUAUCCUGAUAGAGAGUUGAUGGUACAGCAUUUAUCACAAUAUUAAAAAAAAGAGAGAGAGAGAGAGAUGAAGGAAACCUCAGGAAAAAUGCCAUUCAUACAGCUUUGAGUCUCUCUUCAAGUCCAGCCAUCUGUGGUGAGUGAGAUGCACUCUGCUUGCUUGAGGCUAACUUUAGCUCUUGUCUCUUUGUGGAGAGCUGAAUUGUGUUUGACGUAAGUAAAAGCCAUGAUGGGACGUUAUAUUUUGACGCCAGUUUGUUUACUUGAGACCUUAAUUUUUAGACCACGAAAAAGAAAAAAAAGGGGGUCUUUAGUUAUUAAUUCAGAGAUAUGUUUUGAUACUUUCAGUUCUCACACUGUUGUCGGGAAAUGAGGCUGACGCUACUGUUGAAAUCUCCUUUUUAGACCACAAAAAAACAAACAAAAAGAAACAUUUGUCUGGUUAUUUAUCCAGAGAUACAUUUUGUGAAGUCUUCAGUUCGCACACUGUUGUCGGUGCCAUUUUUUGUCGUGAAUCAUUUCAGUAUGACCAUUUUCCCUGUGGCUUCUUAUAUUAUUACUCAUAUUUGCUGAUCUUUGGGUCACUGCAGUCUGACAUCGUCUGCAUAUUUGCCUUUGUCUGUCCAUCACCUUUACUUCUUUCUCAUUUCUUAGAUGGGUGAAACCAAAAUGCUUCCAUACAUCAGAUUUAAUUAAGCAUGGAAUUAUCCACAAUUUCAAAUUUUUUGAUCCCUUGCCACUAAUUCUAGUGUCUGUCAUUUUGGUUCUGCUACAUCUGUGGCAGCAAACAGAGCUGAAAGGACAACAGGUACACAUGGCACAAUGGUCUCUGUAGUCCCUUCUUUCCUUGACAUGUGCUCCAGUUUAUUUCUUAUGUCAGUGAAAAUUGACUGAAACCCAAUAUAAUUCCUUCAGUGUUAGCAGCACUUUUAGAGCAGGGUGACAUGUGUGAUCUUUGACACCACCGAUGAGAUUUCCUCUUCUUGACGUCAUUAUGCUGCUGUUGACACUCUUUCUACAAACUGUGUGAUGUGAGAUUGGACACAUACUGUAACCCCAUUUGUUGACCGAGGUCAAGCCAAUAUUUGAUAAAACAACCGUUUUGAACCGCUUGUUUCUGUCACAACAGUCGUGUGUCGGUACGGUAUUUGGGUCAGCUCCUGUGGGCUUUGUCUGUAAGGCAUUUCUUGUGACAAUACUGAAUGAAAGUGCCUCAGUCUGUAAUGAAAUAUUGAUUGUGGGUGCAGAUGUUUCCGCCUCUGCAUCAUGUGUCACUGUGCUGUGAAUGCAUCUCUGCCAUCAGUGUAUCUUUACUUUGCAUCAAUUAUAGCCUGUUGGAUAACACACCCUGAGUACAGUGUGUACAGCUUUUUUAAUGUCAAGUAAUUCAUGUUAUUUCAAGACCCAGUGCCCUGAGUAUGUAGAACUUGAGUGUCCAGAUGUUCAGGAAAAAAUUAGACAAAAAAAAACAAUCUUUAAUUUCACAUCUUGGCUUUGUUAUCUUUGGCGUAGACGUCUGCUUUACAAACAUGAACAGAUGGCUUACUGAACAGGUAAAGGGAGCUCUAGGUUACGGUUUAAAACCAAAUGGUUAUUCAGCAGCAUCUGUUUUUGACUAAAAGGGAAGCAGUGAACUGAUUCUGAGCAUCCUGCUGUCAUCAGAGAGCGGCAGUGGACUGCAGGGCUGCAGGGUCGGAGCCACAUGUCUGAGUCCUGACUGAUGGCCACACUCGGGAGACCUGCAGUCAGUGCGUGACUCGACUGCCCCAUCUGUCUGCGUGCGCAGAGUGUAGAUAGUGGUACUUUUCUUUGACUGCAGCGCUAUCACUCACAAUGUUCCUUGUAAAAAGUAUCUGUUAAGACUUUUUUUCUACCAACCCUAAAGAGAAGACAUAAGAAGGCCUUUUAAAUGUCAAAUCUUGAUACUUCUUUUUGACACGCUGUAUUGCUCUAUUUUGUAUUUUUGCUAAUUAUUAUCAUUAUUAUUCCGUAAUAAAAAUCCAACAAGUCUUAGAUGUAUUCAUACCUGGUGGUAACAAAGUACAAAGUGUGAACUGGACAGGCUGGGGUUGUCAUAAAUGUUGAUACAGUCCUUGUUUAAAGACCAAGGUAAGUGUGAUUUUUAUGUGUGAGAUUUCCUGAACUGUAUCUAAAUGCAAGGACUGGAGUUGGUACGCAUUCAUGCUAAGUGGCAUGUUUGUGUUAAUGUCAACAAAGGAAAGUAAAGAAGGGAUAUGAGCUGCCAUCUGUGACAUAAUAAGACACCUGAGAAAUGGUUGUAGUUAACUUUCAGACCUUUAUAUAGUAUGUUUGUGAUAUUUUCAUCACACUCCACUCUUUUAAUCUGUUACAUAAUAGGAAACAUCAAGUCAUCGCUGAGUUCACCAUGAUUACAUGAUGAGGAAUGUAACUCUUCAUUUCACUUGUAAACAUCCCGACGUGUCCACACGUGUUUUGAAGACUGAGGCUGGCAGAGUGCAGCAUGACCCAGGAACAGUAGAUCACAAGUCCUUCUGCUCCGCUGCUUAACACACCCUUCAGGAUUUGGCUGCACACCCAAGCAAUGCAACUAAACCUGCUUAGUGUGGCUCCCUUUUUAUUUCUGCCAGCCUUUCACCUCCUGGUAAUCCAACUGGUGUUCACCUCCCUGCUGCAGAGACGAUGUUUAUGACUGUCUGCUUUUAUCCGACACGAGUCACAGCCGAUGGACCUGUGUUACCGCUGCAGCCUCAGAAUGGGGUUAAGCUUUGUCGCCCAUGUAAUACUGACCUAGUUAACAUGCAGAUCUGACGCAGAGCGGCUGGGGCGGCAUCAUGUAGAGCAGUGAAUUCACACCAAAACAAUAACAUCCCCCUCCUCUUGGACAAGAGACGCAAAUUAACAUCAAGGAUUACUGAUCGCUGAGGGAGAAGGUUUUAUCUCUUUACAUCUGAGAUUGUUUUCUGUCCUUUAACCUCCCCUCUACUGGGGCAACUGCAAACCUGGUUGGUUUGCAGGAUGCAUAUUAGAUGCUAAAUUUCUGAAUAAGUAAUGAUCUUGGUUUGAGCUGUUUGUUAGACUGGGCUACAGUAGAACAUUAACCCCUUUCCUGGCAUAGUUUGACUAUGUUCGAUUUCUUUCCUGCAUGUCCAAACUAAAUAUUAUCAUAUGUUAUAUCUCAUACUUGAUUUUGUUGGAAAACUCUUAUUGUAGUCCCAUUACAGUGCUACCGAAAUCUGCUAUCUCAUUCAUUAAAUCUACAGAAAUAGCAAUUCCUAUUACUAGCUUAAAAAAACAUUGUUGCUGUGGCUCUUUAACUGUACAACAGUAGCAUUAUAUCCGAAGCCAUUAAAGCAGGACAACUCAAACUUUAGCAAAAAAUCAACUCCUCAUGUUGGUUGUCUUUUUUACAUAGUUUCUGGACAUGAGAAAGAAUGGACCGAGAGACCGUAAGAUCCAUAAAACAAUAUAUUUUCAAUUAGGGGUGGGAAUCACUAGUGGUUAUACGAUACGAUAUUAUCAUGAUACUUGGGCCACAACACGACAUUAUUGCGAUUUUUAACAUUUUGCAAUACAGUGAGUAUUGCGAUACAAUGUAUCGCGAUUUAUACCAUUUUUCCACUGUUCAGCUAAUUUAGCAUUUGUCUUUCCUUUAUGUUUGUCGUAUUUACGCUGUAGUUUAUUUUCAUGUAGCACGUCUCGCAAACCUUAUAUAUAUUUGUUUUACUAACUUUCUCCCGCUCUUUGAUGUCACCUCUGCCAAAGUUUCCCAUUAUCAUAGAUUUGACUUCAUAUUAGCAAUUAAUUCGAAAAAUCGAUACUUGGUAAAUGAGACGAUACAAUACAUCACCAUACAAAAUAUCACAAUACUAUAGUAUAUCGUUUUUUUCUCCAACCCCUAUUUACAAUAAAUUGGAGUGAACAGAUAUCAGACUUUUAUUGUGACAUUAAUUCACAAAAUUAUAUAUAUUUUUUUUUCUAAAACUUUGGCCUCACCAAAAAUAAACUUUGUCUAGAUCACCAAAUUUCAGAGCUGAACGACCAGGGCAGUUUGAAAAUAUUGGUGUAACCUUUCUGUGCUCAAGCAUUUUGUCUAUAUCGCCCCAACAUAAUGGCAGUGCAGCUUAAUGUGCACAAUGGUGCUUUUCUGAAAAUGUUCCAGCAUGUUCCAGAAAAGUAAUCAACAAGGACAAUGAUAGUAUCACUGUUAUUGACUCUACAUGAAACCAUCAUUCAUGCCAGUUUUUGGACAGUGAAACUGGAUUCAGCCGUGCCUGGCCGUGUGUUCAGCGUCUAUUGUCUGGCACACGUGGUACUUUGUUUUCUUUUCCCACAAGCCGUGGAUGGAGGUCAGCCCAAGUGGCAUGUGCCGUUUGUAUGAUGAAUCUAAAUAGUGACAACACCCCGCCCAUCUGGCACACACAGGCGGGCUGUCUGUUUUUGGAGCACACUAAGUGAUAAAAGAGGGAGGCAAGUGCAGAGGUAACCAUACAAUACUUUCAACAUCAUAGUUGUUACGAUUAUUUCAGACAUAUCUUUGCAUCUUUGUUUUGAUUUAUGAUGGUUAUAAAUACAAUUGAAUAAAAUAUUUGUACUCAGGUCAGUCCUUUUUUUUUUUGGGAAUAAAAUAAAAAUAAAAGGCAUUUUUACACGUUUCUUUUAAAAGGACCACAAACUCCAUCAAGACUUUCUUUUCAGACACCUAACAAGGACAAAAAGGGCAAGGGCCACUCCCCAAGGAAACUCUUUUCAUCACAUCACUGCUCCCCCUGUAAUUAGACACAGCUUAAAAUAUGUAAAUGAAAUUUAUCUAAAGUCCCUCCCACCCAUGCAGGUUUCUUCCUGUUUAACUAAACCUCUUAACAGAGAAUAGUGACAUUGUCUUUGUUUUGUAACAAAAAACACAUUCACCAUAACGUUUCUUAUCGCGGCACAAAUGUAGAGACGAGUCAGUGUGUUAAAUUUAGAUGAUUUGUAAUGUAAUGUAAUUUAGUCUAUUUGUAGUAGGGCUGUAAUCAAUCAAAGAAAUUCUUGGUCGACUAAAACCCUGAAAUUUUUGGCCCAAAAUCGACUAAUCGGCAAACCCCUCUGCAGCGGGGGACGACGCAGCUCUGCGUGUUCUGGGACAGGCUGUUACCUGUGAAAUGGGGGUGCUUUGAAAACACCCCCAUUAGCACUUGGUGCGUUCCUACUGAUGAAAUUAACCAUAGACUGUAAAUUGAUGUGUCGUCCAAUCAGAAUUUUGGUCGACUCAGCACGUAUUGACCAAUAAGUCGGCCAGUUGACCAGGAUUUUACAGCCCUAAUUUGUAGUAAUUUCUAGUAUCCUGGUUGUAUGAUGUUAUGCUGCAUUAGAGUUACCUCGGAAGUCAGGUGUCGGAGCUGAAAAUGACGUUACACCUUGUCCAAGCGCUAAAAUAACUUUCAUAGAUGUAGCCAUCUUGUUUCAGGCCUCCGAUUUUGCUUUUUUCCAACUUGGUAACUGAAAUGCUGGGAAUUCGGGUGUGACGUCUGACUUCCGAGGUAACUUGAACACAGCAUUAUAGUCUUCAUAGUCAUAGGAUGUGUUUGUUAUUUCCAUUUGUGUCAUUAUUCUUUUGUUAUUUUUCUAACUGGAUGUUUCCUUGUCUUGAAAUAUUAAGGUAGUUAAAGUUUAUAACAGUAACUUUGUGUUUUGGUUUUUUUUAAUAAGACAGUUAGCAAAGUAUAAGAGGGAGUGAAAAGUGGUUAUGUAAAUCAAGUCAUGUGUAAACACAGUGGUAUAUCUGUGUGAUAUUCUCAUAGUCAUGAGUUCUGUUCACUGAGUGAGGGGAGUUUUCGCUCAGUGUCUCUGUGACAGUUGGACAUCAUCACACUCACUUCAUUGCAUUAGGGUCAUGAUGCCGCAUGUGAAUAAUUUUAGCUAUUGUUUGUUAAGUGUGUGUGCAUGUGUGUGUGUGUGUGUGUGUGUGUAUUUGGCCAGAAGAAUCAGGACUGUUGAUCUCCCAGCCUCGUCCUCGGCAGCACCCACGCCCCACUGAGCAUCCGUGUGCCGUGGGCCUCUUCAUUUGCAUUAAGUGCAGUUGUUUUAACAAAGCCCUGCUUGUAUGAAGACCCACGCACACACUCAGAGGAAAGUGCUUCCAGUCACUCUUGAUUUACUUCAAUUGUUUUGAAGUUAUUGUCUCCAGAUUAUGUUUCAGUCCAUUGUCUGGGUCUGAGGGCCAAUCAGGCUUGAUUUAGUGCUUCACUUUCCUUGAGCAUUACCUUGAUUUGAGUGGGAGAUCAGAGUAGCCUCACAAGAGUUUUCUCUGGGAAUAAACACAUCCGCUCAUCACCACUCACUCUUUUCUUGUGUAUACAUGAGCACGCACCACCUAUUUUUAACAGCCAGUCUCCGAGAGAGGGAGGGAGGUUCAGCUCCGAUCUGGAAAAAAACACAUAAAGAAAUGAAAAUAAGUCAUGUGUUUGUUUUUGCCAAAGAUUUCAAUGCAAUUCGAUUUAACUUUACUAGAGCAUUCUUGGGAGCAAUCAUGGCUUGUUGUGUAAAACGCAGGGCCAAUAAAGGCCUUUCAGCUAAGCACUGAAGUGUAUUGUAUCUCAAGACCCUCUUAUACAUGAUCACCUCGACAGUUUCAGGACAUGAUAUUUUCUGAAAAUGCCUUUCAAACAUGUUAUAAAGAGCAGGGGUCUAUCAGAGUCAGAUGGGCUUUGACUACUUAGACUUGCUUGUUUGGUUUUGUUCAUGGGGUUAAAGUUGCCUUUAUAGAGUAUGAAGUAGAAGAAGAGGGAGAGGUCCUUCACAAUGGUGACUGUUGGUAGGGGUGUCCCGAUACAACUUUUUUACCUCCGAUACGAUACCGAUAUCGUAGCCUUCAAUAUUGGCCAAUACUAAUAUUGAUCCGAUAUUAGCACAAACUUGUACAUGACAAGUUUUGCACUCGGCUGCGAUGUCUUUUUCUGACUUUAAUGAAAAGUACUGCCACAUGGCCGAUAUCACUCCUACUCCUUGGUACUUUGUUAGUACCUUAGUACACACUGUUGUUGUGAUCACAUGGGCUCUACAUGCUGGAUCAGGGUGCUGCUAGAUAGAGGUUCUGGAACGGAGUCUGGAAUGGACUGCUUGUAUCGGAGUGCUGAUAUCUGAGAUUUUAGAUGCAAGCAAACACAAUCCGAUAUUUGAUUUUUUUGUUGAUAUCAGACCAAUAUUCGAUAUCAAUAUCGUAUCAGGACACCCCUAACUAUUGGGAUCGUGUUGUUAAACGAAAAAGUCUGGAUUCAAAUUGUGUGAGUAGAUUCAGAUAGUUGUUGAUACAUGCUGCCCCUCAGCACAGUUUCAGGAAUAGGGAUGUGCACAUCCAGCUGAAUAAACCGUGAAAUGUCGUCCCUGUCACUAGUCAGUUUAACUCAGUAAUAUUAUUUUUAUAGUGAGAGGCCUGAAAUGCCAAUGGUAUGUGUCAGCAGAGACUGCAACUCUGAAGUAAUAUUGUUUAGACUGUGGUGUAGCUCCAAGUGUGGGGAAGAAGAAGAAGAAGAAGAAGAAGAACUGUUAUCAAGUGUUUAGAAAUAGUCAUAAAACAUAAAAAGAAAUAUGUUACAAGUAUCAAGAUAAACAUGCGCAAAGGAGCAGUUGUUGUAAUAGAUAUAAUCAUAAAUACACACUAUAAAACAACAGUAUGUCUUGAUCAUGUGUUGCAGGGAGCAGUUAUUGUAAUUGUCCAGAUUAUUGCAAAGUGUGGUUAUUAUGGGCCGUGCAGCAGUCUUUUCACAGCCAUAGGGAAAAGUUCAACACUAAAAGGAGUUAUGCUAGACAUUAAAAAUGGUCACAUCAGACCCUAAAAAUGCAAUUAGAUACUAAAAAUGCAGUCUUUGUUGAGUACAACAUGGCACCAUCCGAAAGUAUAAGGGUUGUAGAAUUGCAGUGCUACAAAUGCAGUCAUGAAUCUGCACAUAUACUUUACCUUAGGAAAGUUCUUGUUGUGGAAAUCCUCGUUAAUUUAAGUAGCCAUAAUCUUUUUUUUUUCAAUCAACAAAACACAAGGGAGUUUGUUACAUUUCAAGGUUGAAUUUAUCCUGCUGAAGGUAGAGUUAUUAGAGAUUAACUUUUCAAUCCUUGGCUUGUCUAGUCUGCAAACUACAGUGUCUUUAGGUUACAUAACUUCAACAAAAACCCACCAAAAGGUCAUUUUUAAGUGAGUGUAAUCAUGGGGUACAAAAGAGCUUUGAUGGACUAUAAAUUCAUGAUAUAAGUGGAGUCAAUUUGCAAUAUUCUAUUUUGUCAGCUAAAAGCACACAAACUGAUAAAGACAAAGCAUCAUGGUGAACAUAUGAAACAGGAGCCGCAGCUUCCCUCUGCACUUGGAGCUGAGUUGCAGAAAGCAGAUGGAUGACUGGGAGAAUCUGCAUGAAGUCUACUCUAGAGUGGAGAUCAGCUGUCACGACAGCAAUCCAAAAAACAAGCACACUAGUCGUCUUUCAUAUCCUGUGCUUGCUGUUGUGCCGUAUCAAAUUUCAAAUGCUUUCGUGUUUGACAGUUCAAUUUUGUUUUGUUUUGUUUUGUUGGUUUCAAGGUGACUAAUUCUGUCCUCUGCUCUGCCCUCUUACAGCUCAGGGAUAUGUGUGUGCAAGACGGGAGUUUACGGACCCAAGUGUGAUGAAUGUCACCCAGGUUUCUUCCACUUCAGCAGCACGGGCUGUCGGCCCUGCCAGUGUCACAAUCACACCAACUACUGCCAUCCACAGUCCGGUGAGUCUGCUGAGGACACACUGAUGCUCUUUGCUAAUCACAAAAACGUGUCUGUUAGAGAUUCAUGGACUAUCAGUGCCUACAAAAGCAUUUUUGCUUAUUUUGAAGUUCCUUAAAUAUCCCAACAAGCCUUGAGGUUUAAUGGAUAGAAAUCCUGGUUUGGUUUGUACCUCAGCUUUGCAGUACAGUACAGAAAACAAACUAAAGACAUAACAUUUUCUUAAUCUUUAUUACAAAACUUAAAGGACCUCCCUUUUUAUACAUCCUCUGAGGCCCUCCCUUCUAAUAAAUCGUACAAAGUGAAGGUUCUGGCUUGUAGGCUUACUCAGAUUUCUUUCUCAGAUUUUAACUGAAACAUGAUUAAGAAAUAUAUAAAAAUUCAUACAGAUAGAAUAGUGCUGUAACUUUCAAAAUUAAUAUAGUUUUGAAAGAAGCCAUAGACAGAUACUGACACCUUUAGGAUUAUAGAGCCGUCCCUUGGGAUGGGCAAUAUGAGCUAAAAAAUCACGAUAAGAUUUGCCAUUCUGGCGAUAACGAUAAAAGUCCCGAUAAAAGAUAUUACAAUUCCAAUCUUUAUUUUUGACUUAUUUUGUCUUGAAAACACCAGUUGGAAUUGUCCAGUAAGAUACUUAACCACAAGUCGGAGUGGUAAGUUAUUGAGAAUACUAAUGACAUCAAGAAGUCUCAAAUGUGAAAACAUUUUCAACAUUUGUUUAAAACUCUUAUUGCACAGAGUGAACAGCAGCAGAUCCACUGUUUGAUGUCAGGCAAACCUGAUUGCGCUCAUCUAAACCCCACUCUUGAAGAAAACCCCUCAUUUGGAGCCUCGUUCAGUCACGAGCUGCUCAGAAACGUCUUCUUCAUUACCUUCGGCCAUAUUUGUUUGUUAUUCUGCUCUGCGUGGGCUACAGCUGCGAUUCGCUCGUGCUUACGCCAUCAACUUGCAUUUAUUGUAUUUAUCAUGAGAUGGCAAACAUUUAUAAUAGAGGAUUUUUCUUACAAUAUAUCAUGAAAGAUAAUUUAUUGCCCAUCCCUAGCCGACCCCUUUUGUUGAAUGUGAAGAUUGGUUGGAAUAGUGCUGCAGUGUCAUGACACACUGACCACAUUUGCUUCUUAAAUAUCAUAUAUGAAUUCAAAUUUUUCAAACCUAAAACCACAAAUGUAAAUGACUUUACCAGCUUGUCAGUCAGGGACCAAAAUACACAGAUAUCUGUUUACAUGCAGAGAUUCGUAACACAAAAACAGAAGACUUUUGUUUUUAUUCUGACAUAGGGCUGGGCGAUAAAACGAUAACGCUAAAUAUUUAAAAUUAAUUUCCCUUGAUAACGAUAUAAAACAUGGUCAAUAUGCUUUUCGAUAGUCGGCAUUCUGCUGUAUUUUGGUAGACUAUACGAAUACCCAAUGAAAAAGGGAGUUGCUCACCAAUCGUGUGCUGAAUUAAAACCAAGUAGCAAACAACUGCAUCAUAGCAGGCUGCAGCUACAUGCAACUAUAGCACUUUAACACAUGAAGCUGACAGCACUGUUUGUGAGAAAAAAAGAAAAUGAGUACUACCCCCGGCAGAAAUGCAGAAGAAAGCUCAACAGAUGAUGACAUCGGUGACAACACUGGCACAAAAACAUUGUUGGUGUGGAGGUUGAUUGUUUUUUUGAGGUCGGACAUGAAGCAGAGUAAUGUGCACUGCAAAUCAUGUCAGGUACAUGUUCUCGCAAAGUCAGCGAAUACCUCAAAUCUUUUUCACCACCUGAAGCAGUGCCACACAGCAGAGCACGUGCAGUGUAAAAGGUUACAAACCCUGAGUGGAGCAAGAAGCCCAUGGCGCCUGUGCAGCCGAAAGAGCCGACCAUUCAGUCCACUUUCUCUACACCUUAUGACAAAACGUCAAAGAGACACAAAGACCUCGCAGAUGCAGUAGCUCAUUGUAUUGCAAAAGACAUGCUACCAAUAGGCACUGUUAAAUUUCAUUUAAGAGUAACAGCAAACAUUUAAGACUGACAAGUAAUUUUUUUUAUAUCAUGAUAUAUCGAUACUGACUGAUAUGAAAAAAAUAUUUCAUGAUAAACUUUUUCCCGUAUCACCCAGCCCUAUUCUGACAUCAAAGUGCACUUAUCAACGGACUUAUUUAGACAUACGACUGCCACACCUGCAAGAAAAAUACUGGGAAUGUUUCUAACAAGAACCCUGAAAUAAGGGUGAUCCAAACAUGAUUUAAUCAUGGUGACUUCAAAAGUACAAGUUGUCUUCUCUCUGAGUAAGUCAGACAAAAAAAAUGAGUACCCACAAAAUAUUUAACAACAGUUCCUCAUGAUGUCUUGUGGCACCAAAGAAGAGCAUCUGAAAGGCUUUUUUUCUUCCCCUGACAAUGUUUUUUUUAUUCAGUGUAUUCAUCAUUUCUGUCUUCAUUGUAAGGGAGUAAAAGAAAAGCCUGCUCCUGGUAAAUGCUGCUUUGCUCUGUGUGUAAUGACACAGCUAAAACGAGUGAAAAGGUUCAUCACAGCACUGAACAGAAAACUGGAGAUUGAACUCUGUGGCUUUCAGGGGCAGUGGGAAAUAAAUUUCUGCGUAGGUUCACACUUCUAUGUUAUGCACAGAGGAUAAGCGGCUGUGUUUGGUGAGAGAGUUUGGGAGUACACAAACUUUCUGCCUCUCUUAAGCAAAUGUUAACUCAAGAACCACAGCUGAAUGUGGACAACCACACGUCUAGUUUCAGUCUGAUUUCUUGAUCUCGUGUGAAGGAGGAUUUUCGGCUCCUUUUCCCAGCAGUCGGAUUUUAAAACAACCAGUGACAGGAAGGAGGAAAGGCUGAGGGAAGAGGGUUUUGGUGGGUUAGUUUUAGAAGCCAUAUGUCUUCCCAUUAUAAUGCAGGGGCAGAUGGAGAGCUGCAGCCUUGCCUGAGCUCAGCGUUCACACUGCUGUGGAUUAACAUAGCUCAGGUUUGACAGCUCCUUUUAAAGUCUGACCCUGGCCUCUCCCCGGGACUAGAACACAUUGUGCAAAUGCAAAUUAUACAGUAUACCAAACUCUGUGGACCACAAAUAAACAUGACAGGGCCUCGUCACUUCUAACAGGACAGAGACAGACUGUCCCAGCAGAGUUUUCAGCUGAAAUAACAUCCACUGACUGAAUGAAAAGAAUGCAGAGAAAAAGGGGUUUUCUCAGUUUAAGAUUCAAAAACGUUUCCUCAUGAACAAAAGUUUUAUGAUUUGCCCUCUUUGAAUUUUUCUCCUCCGUGCCUUACACGUGUUCAAACCUGCUCAAGUAUGCAUUACGUAAGGCCUCGGCUUACCAACCGUACUACAGAUUCUUUAUUUGACAUAUUUUUAAAGCUGUGACUAACUUUGUCCUUUUUAAGAUCCUCACUCCGCUGUGUAAAGUAUCACCAGUUAGUCUGGAGUUUUUAGUUUUCACAACAUUCCUGUCAGAGCAUCCACUGACUGUUUUAAGAGUAGUCAUGUUGACUUUUUAGAUCGAGGUUGGUUUGAAAUACUCUCGUUAAGCCAGAAAAAGGAAUGUUUUAUACAGAUGUGUGGAAGUUUUCAGAGAAGCCAGAUACGUUGUCUGGAAUAACCAAGCAGGUUUACAACAUUAACGUGCUAUGUCAAAGUGUGAAACUACAACGGAGUAUAAGGGCCACAUUAAGAAAAAAUCUAUUUAAGACCUCGAGUAAGAAUAAAGUCAAAAUAAAGUAAUUACAUACGAGAAUAAAGUCGUACUGAAAUCAUUACUCGAGAAUAAAGUCCUUAUAUUCUUACCUGUUGUUUAAGAUAACAGUUGUUGAAAUGAAAGCCAUGGAGCAUUUCAUAAAAAUGUACUUAUAUAGGUUUCUCAAACAAGAAGAUAAUUCGACUAUAAUCUCAAAGUCUUUAAUUAUUUUUUCUUAAUGUGGCCAUAAUACUCUGUCGUAUGAACCAGCAGGAAAAUUAAAAAAUAUUUUGGUUUUUGACCUCCUCCCUCUUGUACGGACCUUUCUCAGGAUUAUUGGACUAUUUUGAUGAUCUUACAUGAACUAAAAUAUUAAUUCCUAAAAAAUGUUUUCCUAAUUUUUAUUUUUAUUUUUUAUAAUCAUUAAUCUGACAUUGUUUCAUUAUUUGCUCAUGCUCACAGAUUGGUGAUCCUUAUCCCAUCUUAACUCCCCAGCUUUUUUAUACCUUUUUUCACACAUUCCUGUUACUAACCUGUUUAGUUGGAGGAUAUUCCACCAGGUGUAUUUUUUUAAAGGUAUUGCUGAAACCAAAUUCAAAAUGUGCAUAUUGUUUUUGUAAAGCUCUACACUUUGUCAGUUGUAAUAUGGGAUUUGAACCCACGACCUCUGCGGAGACCGUGGUCCCCAUAAAUGGGGCGCGCUAACCCAUUCGACUAGUAAUGCGCUUUUAAAAAAUAAGAUAUAGAAUUUAAAUGAUGUUCCAAACCAUCGACAUUUUGUUUAAGUAACAUAUUAAACAGCCUCCUAUCUUUUUAGAAUUUUGAUCAUUAAAGAAAAAAACAACCUGUUUAUUUUACCAUGUUGAUUAAUGCUGCUUUAAUCAAACACAAGAAAUACAAACUUUAAUAAAGGCUCAUUUUACAAAAUGAAAAAAAUAUGUCAUAACUCACAAACAAAGCCAUUAUUUCUCAUCACUGGUCCACAGUUUGUUUAAAAGAAUCACUUUCCUUCAAGUGAAACUACUUAACAACCUAGAAUUGAACCUGUUGAGGUGUUGAGGUCUGUUUGGGGGCUGAUUUCAUUCAUAAACACACAGGUGAGGCAUAUAGCAUGCUAUGCAGCUUGUGGACAGGUUUGGUCAUGUCUGCAUGAGCUCAAUCUGUGAACAUGGAGGCAAAACAGCCCAACCAUAAACAGUCCAAUGGUGGUAAAACCUUCACAAGUAUUUACAGUUAUAAUAAGCAAUGACUUCACGGGUCAAAAAACAAAGUUGUUUUCGUUCCAUGAAAUAGACACUUAGAUAUUGCAAGGUAAAGUAAAAAUAUGACCCUCACUGAGCUAACUUUAAGUCAAAAUGGGCUCUAGAAGGGAUUGUAUAGCUUUGCUCUGCCUAUGACAUGCAGCCCAUAGUUAGAUAGACAGAAAAACACACAGGCAGACAUACGAACACAAGAACACUUUAUUGACCUUCAAGGCUUUUAACCACCUCAAAAAACUCCCUUGAGGAAAAUCAAAGUAUUUACAACUUAGUUUUCUGCUCAUGCAGUUGCUGCUUGCAUACAUCUGACAUGUCUGAACUUGUCUGUGCUGCAUGUUUGCAGUUAAUUUACCAUACUUCUUUCGCUUCCUCCUUGUCUUCAAGGUUUAUUCACCACAGUGUUGCAUAAUUGUUGACCUUAGUUUUUAACCUCUCUGUGUCUGCUCAUUUGAUUUUGUGUUCUCAGAAACCGACAUGUUGACAGAAAUAGAAAAACUCAGCUAAAGCACAGAUACCCACUGAAACUUCCUCAGUACUGUAGCUCAGUUACAGUAAGUUACAGUAAACCUCUGUUCAGGACUUGAACUUCAUUUAUAAUGGUAAAAAAGUAAAAGUUAGGCCUGCUGCAUUGAUCCCUUUGUACUAAAAGAGCAGCUUGGUCUUUUUAUUCUAGAAUCAUGUAAACAACCUUUUUUUUUCUACAAACUAUCAAACAAAUUAUUUUGGUAUCCAUAAUUUAUUGCAGAAUUCUAACAGUUGAUUGUAAUUGAUCAUAUUUUUUAUUGUGCAAUUUAAUAUCUGUAAUUUUUAAGUUUCACAUUAAGUACAUGAACUAAUUAAAACAAAAAGUACUUACAAGUGUCUCCAUUUGUGAUGGAAAUAUUUGCCAUGGACUGUACUCAAACAUCUUGACUUUCAGUUUUGUUAUUCUGAUAAAUGUCACGCGGCUACACCAGUGUGGUCUGAAACCAUUGCUCAAAGUAAAAUAGAGUGCAUGCAUGCUUCCUUUUUUUUUCUUUCAGAGGAUAACACUGUUGUACAUGUUGGAGACCUCUGCCUUAGAUGUACAACAGCUCACACACUCCAAAUCAGUGCUCUGACAUUUUUUCUGAUGUGCUUACCCACUGACAUCAGUCUGAUUAGUCGCUCCUGUCUGCUCAGCUCAGGCUAGAAGUACUCUGUGAUAUUUAAAGUCUUUGCAACACCUGAGCAGUCUAUGAGUUUCUAAAAAUGUAAAGUGCCAUUCAAAAGUGCAGCGGCUUAACUACGGAGUGCCAGAACGGACAAAAAAAACACACGACUAAAAAAAUUAUCAUGAUAGUUUCUGACCGAUAAUUUCUGUUAACACUGACAGCCCAUGUUUACCAGACUUAUGUAGAUUCAGAUUUUGUAAUGUUGAUUUGUUUCUGAAUGAGUUUGAUCCAAUUCAGUAUUACUGUGAAAGAGACACAUGAAAGAAACAGGAAUCAGCUGAUCCCAGCUAGCAAAAUAUCAUGCUGAUUGUUUUUUGCAGUUUGCAAGGCUUGAUAUGAGAACAUCUUUUUUUAACUUAGCAAGCUGUAGUGAAAAAAAACAAACUGAUUAUCAAACAAUGCUGCCAUGACUAACCUGAGAUGUGUAACAUUGAAAGGCAGAGUUAUGUAACUGACUUAUCUCACAUCUUAUGUGCGGGUGAAAUGCCCCUCUGAUCAUGUGACCUUUGUUCUCUUCUACAGGAGUGUGCCUGAACUGUGAGGGGAACACACAAGGAUCAAACUGUGAGGAGUGUAGGCCUGGUUUCUACCGCAGCCCCUCUACCGCCCAGACCGAAGCCUGUGCACCAUGUCCCUGCUCCAACAACACUUCCACCGGCACCUGUCAGACCGGUCAGUCCCUGCUGCUCACAAACACACACACACACACUUAAGUCCAUGAGUGCUGUCGCCGUGUUUCACGAAGGAAAUCAUGUUGCUGUCUUGGACUUUGAGGUCCAUGUCAAAAAACCAGAGUGCAUGAGUACACAGAAAUGAAACAGUCUGAGUAUAAAGGUUUAAAGCUCAAGCACAAGGUCAACAGAUCUAAGUGCAAGUAAGACAAUUUUAGCAACAAGAAAGGAUAGUGUCCAUAUUUUUUUUUUAUCCAACUUGUUAUUUCCAUGAAAAAGUUUGUUGUGGUUAAAAAUAUCUUUUGUAGAGUGUCUUGGCGAAGACAUGUGCCAGUAAGUUUCACAAGGUUUCAGACUGAAAAUGAGCAGCUGUUCACAAACGUAAUAAAAGAUACAUAAAAGAUGUGCUGCUACAUAGUUUUAAUUGCAAGCGUGGUUUUGGCCUUCCCUACAAUAAAAAAAAAACAUGAAUUAUGGAAGUUUUUACCAUGUAAAGGCUUUUAAACCUUAUGGGAGUUGAACAAAAGGCUGGUCCAAAAAAUUUGUUAACAUCCGUUGUGUUUGGCUUCAUGUGGACGGUAAAAGAAACACAGAGGCUAUUACCUCAACUCGGGCAUGGUAGUUGUUCUUUAUAUGUAUCGAUGGCAGGCUGCCAGUUUACUUCUGCGUGUUACAGUCAAGUUUAAUUGUAUGUUUACAAGGAAACCUUUCUCUGUUUCAUAAUUCUGCGGAACAAAGGCAAAUAAAUACCGUUUACAACUGUUGCUGUAGUUUGAGAAGACUCUGGAUAAACUGGCAUUGGUGUUUGAUGUAACAAACCGGUUACACAUAAUCCUCACAUGUUUUUGGAUGAUGUUUUUCUUUGGGGUUUGAUGCAGCAAACUGAUAGUGCAUCAUCCUCACAUGUUCAGUAUGCCUGACAUGUGAGGAUUCCUGUGGACAGAGGAGAAAAACCUCAGAGUGGACUAGACCUGGGAAAUAAAUGUUAAAAGAGUAAAAAUAUGGUCCCUAAAUUGAUAAUCAUUUUUUACUUUUUGAAUUUUAUAUAAGUCAAAACACUAACUUACAUCCUUUUUACAAUAAUUGUGCAUAUUUGUGAUAAAUAAUCAAAAUAUAAAACCCAAAAUAACAACUGAAAGCUGAAAUAUUUGAAAACUUAACCACAACCAUGACAAUAAAGCAGAACAUCAACAGUCAGAUGUGUCAGCCUUUAAGUUGUUUAGACUACUUUUAAAAUCCUCCAAUGAGACCUUUUGUCACAUUUCAGCACAUUAUAAGAGCAUCAGUAUAUUUUGUGAGUAAAAUGUUCAGGGAUUUAUUUCCAGCUCCCUCUACGUUUUGGUAAGAAAUAAUGUUGAAGGGAAACCAAACGAAGGUGCGUUCAAAUAGUCGACAGUCUUCCCCGUAUGACCCCCCGCACCUCCUCCACCUCCAGGCCUCUGCUGCCCUACUUUUACCACACACCCAGGGGUCUCUUUUGGGUUGAGAUCUGGGUUAAACUACAGUCAAAGGGGUAUUCCUGCGCUAUCUCAGUGCAGUGUGACAUUUCAUUUUAAAUCUGGGCCAUGAAGGAUGCACUCGGUGAACGAUAAACGGCUGAAAGGUGCAGAAAGAGCGCAGUGUUAGACAGGAGACAGUUUCCCAAACUAAUAAACAUAAUACUGAACUACAUGAACGUUCAUUUAUUCAUGGUACUACAUGCCUUUGGCACAGCACAGCAGACACCAGAAUGUUUUAGAGCAGGUUGUAUUUUUCUUUCUUUUUGUAUUUAUGGGACUUGUGUUUGCUGUCAACUCAAGUAACAACAAAAUAACACGUGAAGUUAGAACAGUUUGUCUUCUUGGAUACAUUUUGGUUUAUAUAAUAUCAGAAACUAGUAAAAUAUACUUUCACAGUAAUCAUAUGGUAUAUAAUGGUAGAAAUGUGAAAAAGCAGAAAAAUGUCACAAGAAGAAAUGUUGUUUUUGAGUUUUGGAAUUGACAUGAUAAAGAUAUUUAUCUGAGGAGGUACUACAACAUUUCAGUAAUGAUGAAACAUACUUUAAAGUAUUCAAUCAUAUCUGGUGAUUUAGCGGUUGUGAUGAUCUGAUAAAUAUUAUUCAGUGCUGAAUAGUUACUUUAGAUGAAACGUGCAAAUUGGUGCAAAGUUCCACCAAAACUCUGCUUUUGGUAGGUAACCGGACACAAAAAUCCAGGCUUAGAUUACAGAAGUUUUGGACUGAUUAAGACAGAAAUCCAAGGAGAAAUCUGGUCUAGGACCUUGGUCUGAAUUAUUGUUAGGCCCAGAUUAUCUGGUAAUAUGAAGGAUUUAGAGAUAGAGUCUUAAACCUCUUGAAUGAGUCCCUGACUCAUCAGGACCGCCCUGUUAGGUUCAAACUUGUUUGAUAUUGAGGAUUUAAAAUCAGCAGGAUUAACUCAGUACUUUCUGAGCGGGAUGACAGCCAGUGAGGAAGAAGAAGCUGACAAGAACUUAACUCUGAUAGCAUUAUGUUGUUGACGGCUGACUAAUAAGACAUUUAAAGUCUUACCUCUGUUUCUCACUGAAGUCGAGGGUAGGAUGUGUUGAAGGUGACUACAGCAUCUCAUUGAAAUGCAUCACUCUCACUUUUUUUUACAUCUGCUGCCCCUGGUUAUCACGUGAGAUCACAUGAGAUCUCACUAAAACUCUUGUAAUGAUGUCCUUAUUAUAGUCCCCCUACAGUGGGGUGUUACUGAAAAUUCAACUUGGUUCAUUGUGUAUUACUGUCUACUUACAUUCUUGGAUACCUGGCAUUGCCAACUGAUGCAAAAUCCCUCUGUUUUAUACAGCGGGUGCAACAAAUACUCUCAGAGCUGCCAAGCGUCACGCUUUGAGUGUGACAGUCACGCAAUUUGACCCAUUAAAAUCACACCACACGCCACACUUGACAUUUCUCACGCUUAUAUUUCCCCAUUCAAUACUCAUUUAUUUAUAUUUUUUCACGACAAUAAACUUGGCUUGCCAUAGUUCAAGUAACUCUGAUUGACUGCCCGAGAUAACCAAUCCCAAAUCAUCCAUCAGUACUUGCCUGAAUCUAACCAACCACAGAAGGCACCACACAAUAUAAACCAAUCAGAAGCAAGGCAAGGCAGGUCUUGGCAUCUCUAACAAUCUAGUCCCCAGCUAAAUGAUGGAGAGUUGGUUGAAAUGCAAUAUUGACAAAUAAAUGUAUUCUGUCAAAAUUUUGGUUUCAAUUUUCAUUUCUAAUUUCUGGUUAGUUAAGACUAGCGUUAGGAGGCCACAGUGCAGAGAGAGCAGCUUGCAUGGAGAUGAGAACAUCAGUCUUAAGAUAUUAAUCAAUGUUAAAAAAGGCCAAAUCAUCAUCAUCUUAAGUCUCACUCUUGUCAUUUCCUGAAACUUGGCAGCCCUGUAUCGUCAUAUUCUGUGCUGUAUGUAUGUCUGACAUCAAAAAGAAGAUUCGUUUCAUGUCUCUUGCUGCAACUUGACUAUGAAAGCGUAAAAGUAUGUCCAAAAAAGACUUGGAGUCUGAUCAUGUUACCUGGUUUAUUCGCCGGGGUGAAGAUGUAUCCCAAGACCUUAAUUACAGAGUGGCUAAGAGCCAUGUUACGCCAUGUUGUGCAUAUCUUUAGCCACUAAUGGUUUCAGUUCACCUGGCUCCAACAUCACACUACGACAUGGUGGCUUAGAUCACAGCUUAUCCUCAUCAAACGGCUGCUGAAGCCUUUCUGCAAAACUGCCUACUGAGGCUUCCUUUUAGCACUGCAUCACUGCAUUUACUUCACAUGCUUAGUCCUCAUUGUGUACUCUCACCUCGUUCUUCCUCUGUCUGGACCAAUCAUUGACAACAUUGCAAUGUCCCUAUACCCCCCUCCCCUGCACUGCGGCCUGCAUGGCAACAGCUGUAUAUAGAUGCACUUACGCUGUCAGGUUAUGUUUGCUUGUACCAGGGGCCUCGGCGGAGGUUGUAGAACGUGGGAGGAGAGAGGAAGGGACACAAACCAGGCUGAGCUGAGCUGGGACAGCAUGAACACAGCUGGGCCAUUUCAGCGCCAGUCAGGCAGCAACCGACGGAGGGGGAUGGGCAGCAUCACAUCCUCCGUUUUAAACCGAGCAACCGUAGGAAGAGCUGUGUUCGUUCGCAAGGACACAAUCAUAAAUAUGCUCCAGAUCAGGUCCACAGAGAGCUGCUCUUGUGUUAAUAGCGUGUGUAGCUGCGGAGGAUGUUUUGAGUCGAAACCCUGGAAGUGAAGCAGCCUUCAUGUAGAGGUUGCCCGGGCAACAGCGACAAAUGAGAAGAUGCCGGUGCAGUAUCAGGACUCCAGAGCAGAGGAUAGAUGCUGUCUAAAUGUGCUGAUGAGGCCUGUAGCGGUAAAUGAAUACCCUCCACACUGACAUACAGUGAGGUGAAAUGGAGCAUUGCACCAGUUCAGAAUGUGGGUCACACAUGUUAAAUCAGGCUUGUAUGAUUGUAUCUGUACUCACUGCUGUAUGAUGGCUGGGUUCAGUCAGUGUAUCCUGAAGUUUAUCAUAUAUUAUAAAUCAUUUUCUAGUUCUGUUGCACUGUCUGAUUUUCUCUCUCUUUAGUUGUGUGUGUGUAUCUCAAAGCCGAUCUGGUGUCAGGUGUUGCUAGGUCUUUUUAUGUGUGUCACAGCAAAGUGGAUGAUGAUGGCAGACUAAGAGGUCAUGUCCUCUGGCCUUGUGCAGUGCAGCUCAUCUAUCCUCAUGGUUAUAUAACCCAGCAGGCCGCCUGCCUUUGAACCUCCAGCAGAGGUUAAAUCAAGCUUAUCUGGAGCAGCCUGUUCAGUACUGGAAUACAACGCAGUCAUGUGACCACACUAGAUAGAGACCAACAUCUAGGCCAGUGGAAGGCAGUUAUCUGUGUCUAAAUCAUUCAGCACUAGGGACUGUGCUGAUGAGACGACCAGAGUCCACAUACAGAGCAUUAGUUUGUGCACAGAGCUGAAGAGGAAGAUGGUAAACUGGAAAACUUCUCACAUGCACAAUGUAGAUGGAAAAACUUUUUUGUUUUUUAAAAGGAAGAGCAGUCCUGCUGCCUUUAUUCAUAAUGUGAUAUUUGACAAAGCCUAUUGGUAUUUUGACAUGUAGGAGAGACCGGGGCUUGUUGUCGCACUUUUUACACUCUUAUUACCUCCGCCAAGGAGGUUAAGUUUUGGGUGGUGUUGGUUUGUUUAACUUUACGGAGAAAGUUACAGACAGAUUGACCUGAAAUUUUCACCAGAGGUGCGUCUCAGCCCCAGGAGGAUCCCAUUAAAUUUUAGUGGUGAUCUGGACAAAAUUCUGGAUACUGUGAUCCAGAACACACAAAAAUAAGGGCAUCGUUGGAUUUUCAAUGCUGAAAGAUAACCAAUGGGCGGCACAGUGGUGUAGAUAGGAGAAUCAGUGGUGUAGUGGUUUAGCACUGUCGCCUCACAACCAGAAGAUCCUGCGUUCUAAUUCAAGUCAGGGCAUUUCUUGUUUAAGGGGGGACAUGAGCUGCUUGGCUGAGGUCUGCGCUCUCUGAGUGCUUUUCUAGUUACCUCCACCAAGGAGCUUAUGUUUUCGGUAGCGUUGGUUUGUUCGUUUGUUUGUCUGUUACCAACUUUACGGAGAAAGUAACCGACGGAUUGACCUGAAAUUUUCACCAGAGGUGCGUGUCAGCCCCAGGAGGAUCCCAUUACAUUUUGGUGGUGAUCCGGAUCACCUUCUGGAUCCAGGAAUUUUUUGAAGGAUUCUUUAUCAUUGUAAGAUAGGGCAAAUUUUUGAAUUUUUGCAUUUAACUCUAUAAAAAUGGCCAGGGUCUUUAGUAAAAAAAUUACACAAAAGGAUCUCAAUGAGUUUUAUGAGGUGUCAAAGGUUGAUCCUGAUCCAGACAAAAUUCCGGAUACUGUGAUCCAGAACACACAAAAAUAAGGGUGUCGUUGGAAUUUUCAAUGUGGAAAGAUAACCAAUGAAGAUACAUGGAAGUGUACGCUUACAAAUAUUGCAUAAUAAAUCAUGCAUUUAUGUAUCUAAUAUGAGCUCUAUUGUUUUAGGAACAUUAUGAACAGUGAACAUACCAGUUUAAACACAAAUAAAAGUUAAUAAAAGACACGUAACAGUAAAAAUUUUGGUGUGAAUCACAAUAUAAGGGGGGACAUGAGCUGCUUGGCGGAGGUCUGCGCUCUCCGAGUGCUUUUCUAGUAUAUUUCCUGGAAUCAAUAAAUCAUAUAUAAAAUGUGUACCAAAUGAAAGACCAAAGUCUCAGGUAUAUUUUUCGUAUGUAUGUCAUUUUCAUAUCUUGUGUCAGUGCAGAGUUAUAAGCAAUCAAAUGGAGAGUGUGAGCAUGUGACAUGUUGACCCACCAUCGGGUAAGUUGUGAUAAAGUCAAAAUUUCAAUAUGAGAACUGCUGAUAAGCGGACUCUGUUUAUUUUAAUCCAUUUUAAACAUGUGACAACUAACCCCAGAAUGACUGAGACAUGUUGCCCCAAACAACCAUGUCUGCUAAUAAUAGCUCUAGCUCAAAGUUAGCUUAAAACAGAACAAUGACUGAGGUAUGACAGGAUGCCAUAUAUAAAGUUUUUUUUUUUUUUUUUACUGUGGGGUGUGUAAAAUGGUUGAUUGGCACUCAUCUCAGCUCUCAGUGUGCGACCCCUGAUCAUGUAAAGGAACAAAACUAGUAUUCCAUUUUUUAGUUGUGCCCUCUGGUGGCAAAGGUUAUUGCAAUGUGACAACUUACCCGUGUGAUAACAAGCCCUGGUCUCCCCUAUCUGUAUAGGAAUUCAGGCUUUUGCAAUAUACCUAUAUUGAUGUAGCCAAUUUUUUAAUGGAAUAUUAAUGUGCAAAGAAUAUUGUGUUUAAGUAAUUGGUUCAUAGUAGGUGGCUGGUUUCCACCUGCCAUUAAACAGAGGGAAGACUAAAAACUGUAACGAGUUAAAAGAAGCUCAGACACAGUUAAAACUGAUGUGCCUCUUCAAGGAAGCUAAUGGAUUUACUUGAUAACCAUUAUUUUAAUUGUUUAAAUUCAUUUAAAUUCAUUCAUUUAAAUUCAUUCAUUCAUCAUUACCGAAUUUCCCCCCGGGGAUUAAUAAAGUUCUCUAUCUAUCUAUCUAUUCAAGUGAUGGGUACAUCUUUCAUAAAAUGAAAGCAUGUUUUUUUUUACAAUGCAGGAAGUUGAAAUGACGUAAACACAAGAAGGUAAAAUGUCAAAAUAAAAGCACCACAAACACAAACUGCGUCAUUGACCCUAGCCUUUAUUACAGAGUGUGACUGCUACUGACGACCGAGAAAAGACAUGUACACAACCCACGCCAUAAAAAAGUGACCUCGUCAGAGUGGGAGUUUUUUGUAUGUCGCAAAAUAGGCAGAUGUUUAUGAACAACAUAAAAUCAGACAGACAAAGGCAGCAAGUUUUGAUUUAGUUACAAGUUUAUUUUAUGAAUAUCAUUUUGAAUAUCAUUAAAACUGGGUGAGAGUUUUGUAGGUGUUGUUUCACCUUCUCUUAAUUAUAAGUCACUUUUACUUCAUUUUCUGAUUCAAAAGGAGAAAUUUGGCCCCAACCGCUCAUUUUAGCAGCUGAUCCUAGAUAAAGUGAUUGUUUUGAAGUGUUUGGUGGCAGAGAAAGGUUUAUUUUGAGAUAUUGUUACUCAUUGUUCUGUGUUUUUUUUAUUGGUCGAUAAGUCACCCAUAAAAGAAGUUGAAAGUGCUGCAGAGGCCAGUGCACUGUAAGGUAUACCUUUGUUCUGAACUGCUGUGGCAUCAUGUUACCGGGAACCGGAGGUUGCAGGAGAAAGCUGAGCCUGUUUAAUGACAUACAUGUGUUACAGAUGAAGAAGGAUGUUCCUUAUUAGGAACUGGAAUUGAUUCAAACUCCAGCUGGGCCUUGUGAAACUCCACUUAUAGAUCUUGUUAACAUGUAUCUUCAAAGAGCCGUAAAAAUAUAUACUAGAUAGAAAGAAGAAAUGCUGCUAUUUGAGAUUGUACUAUUGUACUACCAUUUGAUGCCAUAUUGAUUAAAAAAAAGACAAUAUAAAAAGAUUUUCGUGAGGCUUUUCCUCAACAAGAUUCCUCUAAAACACUGUCAGUGGUUUAUUUUAGAUGUGUGGAUCCAGGUUGUUGGGAUGAGCAGCAUUAUCCUAAGACCUGUUCUAUGACUUCAGGCCUGAAAGGUGAGGCGCGGUCUGACAUGACCCUCAAAAAACCUCCCACAGGUAUUGAGUUUAGAUCUACUCACCUUGUACUCUUACCAGGCCUGAGCACAGAAAAGUAUUUGGGGCAGGGCUUAGGUUGAGAGAAAUAAUAAGAGAAAAAAAAUUAAUUAAUUAAAUGUAUUCAUUCAUAAGGAUAAAGUCAAAAAGUGGAGAAUGCAUUCAAAUAGUCAAGGGUGGAGAUUUUUGUAUUGCUCCAGAUGUAUUUCACCAUAUUUCUCUACAUUUCAAAAUACGCUUGGAAAAAUUACAUAACAUUUCCCUUCUUUCAAUAAAUUUCGACCUCAGUUUCCACUUUUGGAAUAUUGAACUAUGACUUAAAAAUCAGCACUCUCUCAAUUAUUGGCAAAUCCUUGAUAUUCUGUCUCAGUUUUGAACCUUCUGAUCUUUCUUGGAGAAUGCAAAAAAAGAAAGAAAUCACAAAACCCUCAGCUGUUUUCAUUCCCCGUACCUUUUUAGAAGCUUAGAUUCAUCACUAAGUACAAAAGGUUGGGAGUUUUUCAUUCAAAUUUCUCUAAUUAUCUCAAUAUUUUGACUAAUUUCACAGUUUUUAUUUCAUGCUUGAUCUAUAUCGAAUUUUCCCUCAGGCAUAAAUGAAGUUCCUCUUUAUUCUUCCAUUUCUUCACUAGAGGGAAACAGCCCUCUGUGGAUAGAAUAUACGGCUAUCUGGGGACUCCUAGUGGUCAAAUGAAAUAAUGCAGCUUCAUUUAGGACUGUGCUAUGUUCUCAGUGAAGAGCACACGUCAAUUUCCGAUUUCUUUGCUGGAAUCAAGUUCAAAUCAGAUGUUACUCAAUUGUGUACAAAGCUGACCAGAAACUGCAGCGUCCUCUCAGCAUCAUCUAAGCAUGCCAUGGUCUCUCUUUCCUCACCUUUCUUAUCCACCUCUUUACUCUCACUCUGUCUGAUGUUUGUCAAUGUCAUACCUGUCAAUGACAUGUGUUUACAACAGCGGUCAGGCUAUAAUGUGUAUCUUAUCUUGUUUUGUUCAGAUCCCAGUGGCUCUCCGGUGUGUGAUCAGUGCCUUCCCAGGUACGGCGGCCCACAGUGUGAUCAGUGCAGCGCUGGUUUCUACAAAUCAUCAGGGGUCUGUAUUCCGUGCGACUGCAGCGGGAAUGCAGAUCCUCAGAGUCCUGAUCAGCUAUGUCACCCCGACACUGGACACUGCCUCCGAUGCAUCAACAACACCGCAGGGCCCCGGUGCCAGCUCUGUGCCCCAGGCUUCGUAGGGGAUGCCCGAGCGCAUAACUGCACUCGUCCAAGUAAGGAUAAACAGCAUUCAACUAUUUGAUUUAGAAUAGGAUGUUAUGGUUUUCUAAAUAUAAUAUGCAUUUUCAUUUCCUGUAUGAGAACCUGAGCAUUAUCAUGAACGGAUGCAUCCUCAUUGCAGAAUACAGACUGACCCCAACUGUUGUAUUUUCAAUACGCACAGCGAGUUGGGGAUCAUUUUUGGUUCUGAAAUGACUCAGUCUGUGUCAACCUGUAGAGAAAAGAUUGCCUUAAAAAUGAUUCUUUGUGGUGCUUUUAUUUUGACAUUUUACUAUCUUGUGUUUACGUUGUUUUAACUUCCUGCAUUGGCGAAUCUUGGCGAUUCAAAAACUUUAAAAUCAUGUUUUGUCUCUAAAUUCUUUCCCUCUCCAGCUCCCCGGAUUCGUCCCACACCAGCAGCUCCGACCACAACAGAGCCCACCACAUCAAGCACAUCCUCUUCCUCCAAGCCCACUACCAGCACCACUGUAACCUCCCCUGCGAGAGGCAGACCCUCCUCCACAAAAAGCAGCAACAUGAGCACCACAUUAAGCACCGCUGCCACCACCCAGGCCCUGCUGACCAGCCUGAGCAGCCCCACUGACAACACCACUGCCGCCCUGACUGAAGUCUCCUGGACCCAGUUCAACAUCAUCAUCCUGGCUGUCAUCAUCUUGGUGGUGCUGCUGCUCCUGGGCUUCGUUGGAGGUGUGUAUACCUACCGGGAGUACCAGAACCGCAAGCUCAAUGCUCCUUUCUGGACCAUCGAACUGAAAGAGGACAACAUCAGCUUCAGCAGUUACCACGACAGCAUCCCUAAUGCUGACGUGUCGGGCCUGCUGGAGGACGAGGCCAAUGAAGUGGCACCUAAUGGCCAGCUGGCACUCACCACGCAGGGAAACUGCUACAAGGCUUAGCACGGCAUUCAUCCCCGUUUGGACAGCCAGAUAUACUAAUGACAUAAAGCUGCUGGAAAGUACCAAAUCCAAAGCUCCUCAUGUAUGACUGCUUUUUGUUACCCUACUGCUCUGCAGCUCUUCACAACACUUUGCAAACUGACAGUCAGAUCAAGCUGAUGUGAUCAAAGACAGAUUUCCACUUGAAACGUUUUCCCUUUUUGAUAUGAUUUUGUGUGGAAUCAGUGAAAUGGGUCCAAAGAGAAAAAAAGAAGUGUUUUGUUUGAGUUGUGCCUGCAGAGGGCGCUGUUGUGCAGAUGGGUUUAGAUGAUUGGCAUAGCGUAAGACUGAUGCAAACACACACCUGUUUGCUGAAACAAUGAUCCUGACACUGGUUAGAGGAGUUGCAGGAGCCUAGCAUUUCAGAUAUUUUUAAAAUGGACUUCAGACUGUUUAAGUUAUGAACCGGAUCACUGGGGCAGUGAUCUUAAACUGAGACAAUGAUUGUUAUUUAAUGAAUUUUUAUUCUGCUCUUAUUUAUUGGUUGACGUUUCAUUCUCGGGAGAAAUGCUGCACAUGUAUGACGUGUUUAUUCAUGGUGUUUUAUCUUAUGUGCUGUCGAAUGGUAAUUUGAAUUGGCUGGUAUGUUUUCAUGUAUAGUUAGUGUGUUUUUGGAGAGAGUCAUAGGGGAAGGUGAGGGCUGCUGGCACAAGCAUUGUAUUGACUUCUUUUGUUAAUAGCUUCCUGUUUUUUCUUUUUUUGUUUUUUUUUUGUUGAAGUGUGCCAGCUCACCUGAAUGAUCUUAGAGGAGUGUUUCUCUAAUAGAAACUACAACAAACUCUCACCACUUGGCACUACUGCAGGGUAGUGGUUUAUCCUCUGCUCGCUAAAACAACCAUAAUCGACUUGUUAUCUAAUCUGCUCUUUGCUGUCUACCUCAGCAAAAGUUGAACAAACCAUUUACAAUUGUUGGGGUUGGGUUCUGUGACUCAGUCUCAGACGAUAAGCAGGACUCCAGUGUUGAUACAGCUAUUAUGAAGUAAAACCUGCCUGCAUAUUUUUACUGUUAUCUCCUACAAUAAAGUUUCAUCAGCUACAAGAGUGAUAUGAUGUAAAAGUGACGUACUCCAAAGCUUCACACCUGAUCCCGGGCAUGGAUCCAUGUUUUCUGUGUUGUUUGGGCUACCAUUGGUUGGGUGCGCUUCAUUUGAAAACAGUGAUUGAGUAGAGCUAAUUAUGGAACUAACUCCUCAGGUACUGGCUCUUUCCCUAAUGUGAUCACUGUAAAUAUGAUUAUUGUACAGAUGAAUGUGAAUAGUAGCACUAUUAUUGUACAGCUAGAAUACUGUGUACACUGUCACUCAACAAGUUCCCAACCUUUCACUCGUUCCAGGGUGUGAUGUUGCAGUCAGCCCAUGGCUUUUUGUAUUUUAUUUUUUUUCUUAUUCUCAGUGGACUUUGCCAUAAACACAGCUGCAGGACUUCAAGUGCACCACCAACAACACAAACCAAGAAUAAAAUUAUGUACAUAAUACUUCAAAGUCAGAGCUCAACUCUCAAAUAAAAUGGGUUUAACUGUUGUCUUU